AUGACGGUAUGGCCAAAGACUCCACAGAAAUCUCGAGCAGAAGGGAAGAAAGUAGAUAAACAGAGAUUUGCGGAUUUUUACAAUAUCACUUACGAAGGUCUUGAGAUAUGGGCUGUACUUGUGACAGAAAAGAGAUCAACGGGUCGAAAGUACAUGAAUAUGUCUAUGGAACUUCUCAACGAGGUGGAAAGAUUGGACAAAUAUGUACAUAACGUUAGUGUUGUCGUCGACGAUACUGUGAUUCACUAUGAUGAUCUACAUGGUAUCGAAAUAAAUUAUGUAUUCAACUGGUAUAAAUACGCGUAUUCAUGGUCAGAUUUUUUUGCGGAUAUAAAUUUGACAUAUCCCGUGGGAACGGCCAUGGGACACAAAUUCUUUAUUGGCAGUCACUUUUUUGGCGUGAACAAACACAAGGAUUCUUUCCGAGGUCCAAUCGAAAAAAUGGAAUUUGUGACACUUUGGUACAUGAACCAGACGCCAAAUAUGAGAGAACGAAAGCGGUUGCAAGCUCUGCAGUUGGAACUAUUCAGAUUGAGUCGUCUAGACAAUUUUAGCGAUCUGAUUAGUUUCGAAAUGUACGGGGAUCAGGUUGCUAACGCUGAAAUGCUUCGUGGAACAGUUUACACUGUAAAUCUUUUCGUCGUUGGUGUAAUUUUAAUGGUAGCUUUUAUGGCAUUUGCUUUCAAUCAUCUCAUUUUAAGAUCUCAGAUAAUUUUGAUCUUGGCUGCUGUCGGGUCACCAGCCAUCGCAACGGCAACUUGUUUUGCAAUUCUUGGUUGGAUAGGUUUUCCUUUUAAUUCCAUCAUGUGUAUCACACCUUUUUUGGUCAUGGGAAUAGGUGUUGAUGACGCCUUCCUACUUCUUCAUGCUUGGCGGAGGUACGGUAAGCAUCCGGUUAAGGAACGGAUGCGUAUUGUUGUUCAGCAAAUAGGCCCUUCUAUGGCCAUCACCUCAGCUACCAAUACCGUAGCCUUUGGUGUGGGUGUGUUUUCUCCGACCCCACAGUAUUCGCCAAUCAAUUUCAUCAGCGCUAUGCCGAAUGUAUCCAAACCUCAAGAGCUAUCCUCUUUUCUCGAAAUGAUAGGCCGACUCGAACACAGCGAUGGUUGUUAUGGUCCUGAACGCACACAAGUUUUACUUAGAGAUUUUCUCGAGUGGGGAGAAGCGAACAAUGAAACCCUUACACUUGAUGAUCUACCGGCAUACCUUAGUGUGAGAAAAAUCAAGGAUGUGAAUAUUGUGCAGUACAAUAUGACCAACGGUACGGUAGACUCAGCCUUGAUGAACUACAUCGUCAAUGUCGUGGAUGAACUUAUCAAGGCCGUUCUAAUCACUUUUGCCUGCAUGACACUUGCAUGUGCUUUCAUGAUACCUAGUUUGACGGGCGCUUCCAUAGCUACGCUAUCGAUGUUGUCCAUAUCGUUUACUUUGUUGGGAAUCCUGGCUUUAUGGGGUCAGAGUCUCGAUCCAGUCACCAUGAUCAACGUCUUGAUGGCCAUUGGACUGAGUGUUGAUUUCAGUGCACAUGUUUGUUACCAUUACCAUCUUGGACAAAGAGACGGUCUCCUGUUAAAGGCGAACGAAAGAAUAACGAAAAUAUUACGAGCUGUGGGAAGACCAAUGGCUGAGGCAUCUCUAUCGACAUUGAUAUGCAUGUUUCCAUUGUUUUUUGUUCCCGUCUACAUCAUCGUAGCAUUUGCAAAAACCGUAUGUCUCGUGUCGUUGCUUGGUUUAUUCCAUGGCAUAGUGAUCAUCCCAGUCUGCCUUUCAUUCCUCAUUCGAACUAAGGACACACCGAGCAAUAAUCUAGUUUUGAAUGAGCAGAAGGAGACUAUGCUCACGUGAUCUCAACUGUUUAUAGCCUAGUGGAUUAGUUAACGCAACCAAAUGUCGACUACAUGUUUGUAAGAAUAUCAGGGUACAAAUGAUAUCAA